AAUGCAGAAAAGGGGUCCUGUCUGUUUGCGCAUGUCCGACAGAUGAUGCUGCUUUAGCAGACAGCAGCACGAAGAGCUGAUACGCUGAUUACAAUCCUUAUCAACGUUAUGUCGCCACAAAAUGAAGUUUCCUUACUCAAAGAUUCCUGAGGACAGGAGACUUCAUCUGAAACCUCUGGGGAAUUGUGCCAAAAUAAACGCACCUCUGUGUAUGGUGAGGAAAAGGUGUCCCGUGCUGCAUUAGUUGAAAAGUGACAUGCUGGCCCGCCUGCCAGCAUCAGUUAAGCCUACCAUCAGACUACUUUCCCGCACGCAGAUGAACACUGGACCUCCAAAAUGGGAAACUACACAGAAAAUGAGAUCUGCCAGCUAUCCAACCCCAGCAGAGUUGGAUGCCUAUGCUAAGAAAGUUGCCAACAACCCUUUGACCAUCCAGAUCUUCCCAAGCAGCGUCAAAGUACCUCAAAAGAAGCACAUUCGUCGCACAGUCAACGGGCUCGACACAUCCUUGUCCAACCAACGGCAGAGUCCCUACUCCUCUCAGGUCGGCAACAGUGGGGGCCUGCUGGCUGUCCUCCGUGCACCUGUCAAAAACUCAGAUUCUAGCCACGUCCGACAACUACAUAAUUCAGUCAUGAAUCCUCACAGUGGGCCCUACGCCACUGAAAGCACUUUAAACCAUCCUCAGCCUGCUCCUCACCUACAGGGUCCGUCUCAGUCUGCACUCCAGAAGCAGAACUUGGUUCACCCUCAAGCACUACAGCAACAGCACCGUUUGACUCAUCCAAUGGCUUUACAGCAGCCUCACCCACAAGCUUUACAGCAAAGGAAUAUGGCUCGUUCACAAGCUCUCCAGCAGCAACAGAGCUUGUCCCAAAUUCAGGCGCCACAGCAGCCGAGAUUGGCUCAUGCACAGGGUAUGCAGAGACAGCAGAGCCUCCCUCACAACCAGACUGUGCAGCAGCAGCCACAGCAGGGCCAGUCAUGUUCGUCAGUUGUACCACAGCAGCAUCUUUCUCAUCUGCAGUCACUAAAGCAUCAGCCGGCUCCUCCACAAGCUUUACUUUCACAGCAAGGAGUGACUCAGGAUCUGCGCCACAUAUCUGAUGGAUCUCAGCUUCCGAGCAUGCAGCACACCCAGGGGCUAGUUGGGUCGCAGGCCCUUCCCCAGGCUGUUGCUGCAGGCCCUCCUACCAUGCCUAAUUGCCCCCAGCAAGCCCGACUGGGACCUUAUGGGCCGCAGAAGCUCCCUGACCCAGAUGCCCCACCAAAUAUAACUGUAUCUACCUCCACCAUCCCACUGUCCAUGGCAGCCAGCUUGCAUCAGAACAGACCUGGUGACCUGAGCAUCAUUGUGCACCAAAUCAACCAACUGUGUCAGGCUCGGGCCGGUAUGGGCACCACCUCAGUCUGUGAGGGACAGAUUGCAAACCCCAGCCCCAUUAGCCGCAACCUGCUCAUCAAUGCCAGCUCAAGGGUGUCCUCUCACCACCCAGCUCUGGGCAACAUACCCAGCAGCCUCAUGGUGGGACCACCAGACAAAGCUGCAGCCCAAGCUCCCAGCGUUUCUCUCAAUUCACAGCAGAGUAUAGCUGCUGCGAAUAGUGUACCUGCUUUUCACACCAACCCCGAGAAGGUGGUGCAGCAGCAGCUUCAGCACCAUUUACAUCAGCAGAAACGACAGCAGCAGCAGCAUUUUCAGCAGCUCCAGCAGCUGCAGCAACAACGCUCCUGGGCUCAGCAUCAGUUAGCCCACAUGCAGCAGCCUCCUGAGGGGGCCAAUCCUUGCAAGAAUCCAAGGAUGGAACCUCCAGCUGAGUGUGCUUUCCCCUCCAGAAACCUCUCCUACAGUCACAAGCUACCAAACAGUGCACAGAGCUUUCCCCUAAAUCAUCCUGCAGAAAAACCGCAACCUUCAUCCCCUGUUAAAUGCCCAGCAAGUUCUAUGCCUUACAUUAAUGGCCACUACAUGAAGCCACCGUGGAGCAGCGUUCAAGCAACAGCAGGAAACAAUGGCCCUCAAGACCUCUCAAUGGCUUUCCAGGGAGGGCAGGCUGCUGCUUCCAGAGACAGAAUCCCAGGGGCAAAGUAUAGGCCAGGGAAGGAGGGUCCUAAUGACCAGUCAGAGCUGAUGCAGAAUGUGGAUUUCUUAGGUGGGGAUUUUCAGAUGCCCAGCUUUCAGGAGCAGAAUGUGGAUGCAAUGGGGAAUAUACACAGGUCCGCCAGGAGCCAAGUUCAGGAACCUGGCAGCAGCGGAGCAGUCCAUGCUCAUCGCCCAGGUUACUGUUAAAUGUGCGUUUAUGCCCAUGUGGCGUGUACUGAAUUUUUUGUUUUUGUUCUGGUCUACAGUUGCUUUCAGCUUCUGUAUUUUACUCUUUAAAACCUUCAAAGUGAGCAGUUAAAUUGCAUUGCUUCAGAGCUUGAUUUGAAGACCCACCAGGUGUGAUGUUUCAAAGUAUUCCUCAGGUCUUAAGCCAUGUCGUACUUGUUGGAGAUGAAGGGUUUUUGAGAUCGUUGUCGACUGUUUUAUCUGUGGCACAGAUGUGCUGCUGUUUGUUCAUAUAUCUAUGGUGUUCAGAGAUGUUAAUUUGCAGCUGAGACUAUGCUUGCCUUAUGAUUGUCACAGUGCUUUUCAUAGGUUGACAUGGAACAACUCAACUUUUAUUAGCAUGUGUGGCCUUAGAACUGCCCAGAGGCAAGAUAGAAUAGGAUGUCUUUGUGUAAUGUUUUUAUUUGCAAUUAUUUAUCUUCCUAACAGCUUUGAUCCAUUUGAAUGGGGGUUACUUGUAUAUGCAAUUAUUAGGACUGUUGACAGUGCUCAAUCCCAUAGCUGCAUUGUACAUUUGUAAAGGGGCCUGGGUGUGAGCCAGAGCUCCCCUAUCAGGAAUACUAACAUGGCUUCUGAACGAUAUUGUUGGUGGUCCAGGUGAUUUUUGACAUUGCUCUUGGUGGGAUGUUUUUUUGGUUGUUGUGUUGUGUGUUUUGUUUUUUUGUUUGUUUGUUUGUUUGUUUGUUUGUUGUUUUUUUUAAAUGAAGGGGGGGGGGAACCCUGCCAGUACUAGCAAAAUCGGUAACCUUCUCCAUUUCUGAUAUUCUUGUAGUGUGGGAGUUCCUUUUAAAUGUUUCUUUUGUUGUUGUUUUUGCAUUUCUGUACAUUGUCUUACUUGAAUCGUAGAAUUUGCUUUUAAAUGUCAUGCUUAACAUUUGGAAAAGGGGCAGAAACUCUCAUUAGCUCCCCACAUGUUAAUCUUUAGGCAAUGUGAAAUAGAAUGGAUCCCAUUACUUUAAACUGAGCGUGUCUGUAUGUGAAAGGUAAACUGAUCAUGUGCAUGCAUGCAAGUACGUCAGAUCAUGCUACCGGGGAAAAUGUCAUUUCCCUUGAGCACACGUUGUCACCAUUUUAUUACUGUAAUGCAAGUGAACUGAUGUGGCGUGGAUGUUUCCUUUUCUGUGGGGCUUGUGGUCAGUUGUUCAUCUACUAGUCACCGGCCUUACCACGUGUUGUAUUUUUGUGACCUACAAAGAAAGAACUAAGAAUAUGUAAUGCAGGUCAUGUUUUACUAGAUGUACCAUAGUUGAUGUUGUCUGGGCUUGUGUUGCUGUACUACCCUCAAGCCUUCUGGAAAAAGCCUUAAAUGACACACUAGUUAUAGUCUACUUUAACAGUUUCUUUGCCAGGAUCACAACUUGUGUAUGGCUGUGAGGAAGGUUGUUUGUUUUUUGCCCCUGAACUUUGGUUUCCCUGUUUAAAGCUAUUUGGGAGGUGUUAACAUGUACAGGCAGUAGGACUGGAUGAUAUUGCCUUAAGGUAAUAAUGCUACUCAUCCCAGAUUAUAAAGCCCUCAUCCUUCUGUCUGAAAUGUUGCCUAAGGAUUUAGGAUAGCGGAGAAAACAAAUGACUUAAUAGCAGAUUUAAUAGGUAUUUAGACCAGGGAUGUAGCAGUUAUUUUAAGGUAUUUGAACUGUUGUAACUAGUUGUUACAUGUAAUAUCCUCAUAGUUUAAUUUAUUGUUUGGACCACUGCAUCCUGAAGCCAUAGGUAUUUUCACAUUAGGUGCCAUAGGUGACAUACUGAUGCAGGCAAUAGGUUUGCAUCCAACCUUUAAUGUCUUUCACAACAGCAGUUCUUUUUUUCCUAACUGGAUUGUUCUCAGAACAUCGUACAGAUUAAAAGGGAGAAAGAAUUGCAAGAUGAUAAAUCUUCAAAGAGAGACAGUUCUCUUACAAGCUGUAGCUUUUCUGGAGUUCAGUCUUUGUACUUAAUGGCAGUUUUGUUUUGUUUUUUUAAUUUUACUUUUUAGUUUAGGUUUUUUGUUUUUCCUGGCUCUCAUUUUUGAUGUGCCUGCCCCCUGAAGCUGCUAUUAAAUUAAAUCUUGACACACACGUAUGAUCUGUGUGUGUGUGUGUGUGUGUGUGUGUGUGUGUGUUUCUGUGGUGAUGAUAUAUGGGCUGUAUCAGUGAAAUAAGUUCCUAUUUAUUUGAUGGGUGCAAGGUGAAAGUUGUCACCAGUCAAAUGCAGGUAUGUUUGGCUGUUUGUAUGUCUUGCGAGCCAAAUUUAAAGAAGAUUCUGUAUUAAUGAUUUAAAACUGACCAGUAUUCAAGGUGGCAGAGUGAAGUCUGACCCACUGUGGCCUAAAGACCUUCCAAACCUGUUUGGGUUUCUUUAACAUUAAGUUGACUGGGUGAAAACACUAAAGGAUUAGACAGACCCGCCCUGUUAAUGUUGAACUGCCUCGUUACAGCCCACCACAGUCAGGUUCUGCAGUUUCAUAUGAAGUGCCUCCACUGGGUGUAGUAUGGAGAAGUGUGUGUGUGUGUGUGUGUGUGUGUGUGUGUGUGAGAGAGGGAGUGAGACUGAGUGCUUGCUUGUAUGUUAAGCUUGGGUACUUGCACACAGGUGUGCGUGCUGACAGAGGUGCACAAAGUUGAUCUCUGAUGGGGGGACCAAGCUGCUUAGUAUAACUACUGAUACUGUGUCAUGGACUGAAGUCCUGGAGUGUGCCACGAUUCCCAAACACUGUCAGGAUGUGUGAACUGUUUGCUGCUGACUCACUGACCAAAGUGACCAGAAGUCCCUCUCUAACCACUCUGGCUGAAAGCCUUUUGAAAGCUUGUUAAUGAGCAGCAUCCUGGUGACCUAACAAAAAGCUGCUGGGGUUAAAUAAAGUCUUGUGAAGUAAAAGUAACGAUGUGAAAUGCGCAUUUAUUUAAAAAAUAAAAAAUAAAAAAAUAAAAAAAAAAAAAUAAUAAAAAUAUCUAGAGUGAGUAGUUCCUUUUUUGCAGAGUGCACCCCAAAUGUUCUGGUUUUAACCAGAAAUCUGGAAAUGCAUUAAAAUACAGAAAUAUUGUACAAGAACCGUGUCAAGAAUCACAUCUACUUAAGGAUGUUGUAGCUCAGCUUUUUAAGUUGAUAUAGAUGGCAAUAUUUACUGGGGCACAGACAUAACAACUCUCUCUAGAUUUUGACUGAUUUAUAUAAUUGUCUUUGGUUAUCAAAGACAUGUUGUGAACAGUGGUGGAGGGGGGCUUACUUUCUCUACUUUGAAAAUGUGAUAUUCCAGUUUUGCCUAACCUUCAGGAAAAAAUGUCUUGCACAAACAUUCCCCUAACCAAAAUAAAGUUUUCAAACACAAA